GAUGUCAGAGGGGCGGGGUCUUGGGGUCCCUGAAAGGCACGCUCCCAGCCGGACCCACCCAGUCCGGCUCUCCUGUGCUCCUGCCCUGACGUCUGCGCCGGACCUCCAGCCGCCAUGCCUAAGUGCCCUAAGUGCGACAAGGAGGUGUACUUUGCUGAGCGGGUGACCUCUCUGGGGAAGGACUGGCAUCGGCCUUGCCUGAAGUGUGAGAAAUGCGGGAAGACGCUGACGUCAGGGGGCCACGCUGAGCAUGAAGGCAAACCUUNCCCUGGCCACCAACCUGCCUACCCUUCCUCUGCAGGUUUUGGGCGGGGCGGAGCUGAGAGUCACACUUUCAAGUAAAGCCAGGUCAUGGAAACGCUAUCCCUGGCUGCCUGCCGGGCCACUGCCCUUCCAGGCUGAUGGCAGGCCUUAUCCCCAGGCCCCCGGGGGCCCCUGUCGACUACCAUGCCCUCAAUAAAGUUGAACACUCAGAA